AGCAACACUUGGCAGAGAACUGUCAACACAGCUGCCAAGAUGAAUGACAUCAUCAUGUAGGCGCUUUUGUUUUAUUGUUGUCUGCUGUGGACAACGCACUCGCAUGGAGCCAACGAUGCCAGCAUGCACAAGAAUUUCCAGUUGAAAGAGUUUGUUUGCAAACAGAGUGGCGGCCUAUGACAUGGGUCGACGCGAAGACGAUGACCAGGCGGCGGAUGAGGAACUAGUGGAGGAGCUGCCCGCUACCGUCUCCACAGAAAGCUCCCUGGCCGCCUUGGAUAACGCUGACCACGAUGAGGACCACGGCGGCACGCAAUCAUCCCACCGGCUGCUAGCCUACAGCGAUGCGCUCCUCUCCAUCAUCGCCACCGUUAUGAUCCUUCCUGUGGCGCACACCAAGAUGGAGGACGACAAGGGGCUAGAUAAUAACCUUCAGCUUUUGUUGGGCACUAAGACGGCCGUCUUCUUGAUGACUUUCCUCAUUGUCACUAUGGCUUGGGCGGCGCACAUCAGGUUAUUCCAGGUGAUCGUGCGGAUUGACGAUACUCUGGCCUUGCUUAAUCUUGCAUGCAUGAUGCUGAUCACCCUGCUGCCGUACACGUUUUCUCUGAUGGCAACCUUUCCCACGCACAUCCUGGGAAUACUUUUGUUCUGCGGCUGCGUGAUAGUCAUCGGCAUCAUUCAGUCGGGGAUCGUGCUGUACGCUUUCAGUCGCCCGUUCCUGCUAAAGGAUGAGAUCCGAGCGUGUGAGGAAUGCAAAAUGUACAAAAUUCACAUCCUCAAAGUGCUCCUGAGGGUUCCUCUCAUGUGUUUCCUGGCUGCAAUUUGCUCCUUCUUCUGCUACCAGCUGUCGUACGUGUUGCUGACUGUGGUCAUCUUCCUUCCGCACAUCUCCCGCGGCCUCUUGUGGUGUCGGGACAAACUCCUCGGUCCUACGGAGGAUGACCCUGAGCUGUUGAUGUUCGGUGCUUUCCUACCUAGCGAGCCACUGAGUAAGGAGCGCGUGGAGGCCUUCAGUGACGGCGUCUACGCCAUAGUGGCCACGCUACUUAUCCUGGACAUUUGCGAAGACAACGUCCCCGAGCCGGCCUUGGUGCAGCAGCGCUUCAAUGGCAGCCUGGUGGCAGCGCUUCGCUCGUACGGGCCCGAGUACAUGGCCUACUUCGGAUCCUUCGCCACAGUGGGUCUGCUGUGGUUCGCUCACCACUCGCUCUUCCUCCACGUGCGUCGGGCCACCCGCGCCAUGGGCCUGCUCAACACGCUGUCCCUGGCCUUUGUGGGCGGCCUGCCGCUGGCCUUCCGGCUGACUCACGAGCUUCCCCGUGCGGCGUUACGGGACGAGCGCCGCGCCGUGCAGGCCGCCUGCGUGCUUGUGUUCGGCGCAGGUAUUUUCCAGCUGGCCACCUGGGUGGCGGCUCUGAACGGCGACGGGCGGAAGAGGCUUUCUCCGCUCGUUCGCUACGGCGGCCCCGAGCACGUCUUCAUGCUGGCCAAGCUAGCUUUAUACCCGUCCGUCGCCCUCGGCGCUUUUCUGCUCUCGUGCGUGCUGAGCAACUUCAGCGUCACCAUCUUCCACCUCAUGGAAAUAAUCACCCCAUUCGCCUUCUUGCUGCUUAGGUUGAUGGUGCAAAUCGUCCUCUCCCUGCUCAGACGCCUGUCGGCGGUGUCGUACGACCCGCUCAUUACCUAGUCGCUAAAAUAUUCAAAUGAAUGCGCUUUGUAAAACUGCGGCACUGCCAAACGCUUGUUGAACAAUAAGCGGCAUUUAUGUGCAAACUGUUGAAAUAGAAGAUAAAGGCACUUUAGGAAAAGUCUGAACAGUGAAUGGGCAAAUGAGACAAAAAAUGAUAAAAAUCUGACGUGGGAGUCUUGUUUUCCUUUUUAGACACGAUUGAUGCUCUAGCUAACGCGGCCUAGGUUAAAAACAUUAGAUGCUCUGAAAUCACCCCUAAAGGAGAGAUUCAAGUGGGCACAUAUUUUGUUUUAACCGUAAAUGGUGCCUAACUUCAAAACAUUUCAGUUGAAAAUAACUUUGGCUAACAAAGCCACUGAUGGAAAGUGUUAAAAUGCUAAAAUCAGAAUGGUUGAGUCAACCCUAGGUAACUUUUCAACCUUUAUAAAAUAUUUUCAGAACAUUUGUGAUAUGUUGAAUGACACCUCUUUUAUAUCUUGAUGGAUUCUGUAUUGCUUUCAUUGGCACUAAUUCACUUUGAGGAGGGUGGCAGGAACCCUGCCACACAAAAACUACAAAUGUGCUGACUGCUUUACGGCAUACGUCACUUCUCUGUUUCACCAUUUGUUAUAAAGAUGUAAGUCGAUCCAAACGCUGUAGCCACAAUUGGAUUCAUUUCCUUAUUACUAUUCAUCCUUCACACAGCCGCUGGAAACAGAAAUGUCGUUCAAUCCAUCUGCAGGUGACCGGGAGAUCAGGAUCUGUGCCUCAUGGGAAACGCAGUCUUCCUUAAGGCAAAACACUACCGCUUUUGUCUACAUGCGUCGCUAAAAUCAACCAAAACUGAAAAGUUACCUAGUGUUGUUUUAAUAAUUUUAUUUUUAAAAAUGGAUACAAAUCUUUGUUUUUUGAAAAAUUACUACCAUACAGGUACAGUCCCCAGGUUACGAAGGAAUUCUGUUCCCACUUUGGAGACAUAACCUGAAUUUCAGCGUAAAAUAGAAACUAACUCUAUAACUACCCCUAAAUACCCCUCAAAAUAACCAUCCAAAAACAUUUAUUAUACGUCAUUGUACUGUCCUCGCCAAGAAAUUGGAGCUACAUCGGUAUGAAAAAGUAUCUGAACCUUUUCGAAUUUCUCACACUUGUGCAUCAAAUCAUCAAAUGUGAUCUGAUCGUUGUCAAAAUCACACUGAUUACAAUACCGUGUCUGCCUUAACUAAAACCUCCCAAACAUUUAUAGGUUUUCAUAUUCUAAUGAGGAUAGCAUGCGAACAAUGACAGAAAAGGGGAAAAUAAGUAAGUGAGCCCUCUGCCUCAGGAGACUUAAUUGAAUUGACGCAAUUGAAACCAAUUUUUACCAAACAUUUUAAGUCAGGUGUGUGCCCAAUCACACAGUGAAUUAAAGCUGCCGUGCCCACUAUAAACUACACCUGGUAAGAAAUGUCUUAAUGAGAAGCAUUGUCUAAUGUGCAACAUGGCUCGGUCAGAAGAGCUGUCUGAAGACCUGCAUUCAUGGAUUGAUUUGUUUCAAACUGGGAAAGGACACAAAACCAUCUGUAAAAGUCUGGAUGUUCAUCAAUCCACAGUCAGAGAAGUUGUCUACAAAUGGAGAGAUUUUAGCUCUGUUGCUUCUCUCCCAAGGAGUGGCCAUCCUCCAAAGAUGACGCCAAGAGUUCAGCGCAGAAUACUCAGAGAGGUAAAAUCCUCGAGUUUCUGCUAAAGACUACAGAAAUCACUGGUGCAGUCCAAUAUCUCUGUGUAAAACUGGCUGAGAAUGGUGUUCAUGGGAGGACUCCACAGAGGAAGCUACUGCUGUAAAAAAAAAAAAAAAACAACAUUGUUGCUCGUUUAAUGUUCGCAAAAAGGCACUUGGACACUCCGCUGAAGUUUUGGCAAAAUAUUUUGUGGACUGAUGAAACCAAAGUUGAAUUGUUUGGGAAUAACGUCAUGUGUGGAGGAAAAAUGGAACAGCUCACCAACAUCAACACCUCAUCCCCACUGUGAACUAUGGUGGAGGAAGCAUUAUGAUUUGGGGCUGUUUUGCUACCUCAGGGCCUGGACAACUUGCAAUCAUUAAUGGAAGAAUAAAUUCAAAAGGUUCAGAUACUUUUUCAUAUCACUGAAAGUCCUAGCUAGACAGCGAGCUAAGCUCUGAAAUGACAAUGUCAGAGAUCCGUGUGGUUUGCGGACUUUAUUCAUCUGCUUGUGGCAUCAACACUUGCAGAAUGAAACUAGAAUAAAAAUAUCUUCAUCUUCAAUAACAGCAAUUCAAAUUUGUGUUUACAACCAGCUACUGAUACAGCAAUAAAUCUGCACAAACGAUUAGCAUGUAUCAGUUAGCAUCCGCACAUCAUCAAAAACAGUCACAUAAACUCACCCUAAGAAUUCGACCACAAUCUAAAAAGCACAACAAACAGUACAAAAGGUGUCAUACACCGGUGUUGCCUCUGUGGAUGGUUCAGAAGCAACAAAUGUGCGAGCAGGCCUGCAGCUAUAAUCCAUCCCCUACUUCGCUCUGUCUCGGCUGCACAACUUCUUCGUUGGAGCUGUCACUACCUGCAAAUGUGCCCUUCCUCGUGAGUGCGCGUGCGCUCUUCUUCGUGUGCGCAAAUAUGUUCUUCGUGUGUACAUGAGCUCUAAUUCGCAUGCCAUUAGUACUACCUGCUAUAAACUUCCUGAGCCAAGAUAAAAGUAUGCAUCACAAACCAAAAUUCAACAUUAUUUAAAAAAAACAAAAAAUUUGGAAAAAAAUACGUGUCGCAAUCACGCAAGGCGAGUAUGUCGUAACCCGGGGACUACCUGUAUUUUUUAAAGGCGCACCUAAAAGACAGUCCCUUUAGCACAGCUCAAUCUAGUGGAUGCACAAUGCAACCUAACUACUACUACUGUGCCUUAUAAUGCAGUGCGCCCUAUAUAUGUAAACGUUUAAAAAAAAAAAAAAAACGACCAUUCAUUGAAGGUGCACCUUAUAUUCCGAUGCUAGUAGUGCGAAAAAUAUUGUACGCACACACGUUUGUUGCCAUUCAUUUUCGUCAAUCAGAAGCUCAAUAAUAGGAAAAAAACAAUAUUGCAUAGAAAAUGGAAGGUAAACUCCCUGUUUACUAAAAACAAAAGAUUAACCGUUUCGUGUGGCUACAAACUUUGAUGUUGAUCGGAGAAGCUAGCUAAUUUGUGGUUUGUUUUGUAUGUUUUCCCUACAGGGUUCUUGCACUCUUUUAAAAGUCAAAUUUAAGGCAUUUUAAGACAUUGACUAUAUCAUCAUUCAAGACCAAACCGUGUUGCAACAAUUUCUGUUGAAGAAAAAAAAAAAAUCACUGUAACUGACAUUUUUCUCUUGUCAUGUGCGACUUGACGGCUUUGACCCCCUUUGUCCCAAACUAAAGUCUUUUUGCAGACUUUGCACUAGUAAUGGGAACCUCUGGGUACCUCGCGAUACUAUUUGCUAAGCAAGGCUCACAAUAUGGCGGUACAACAAUUAUCGGUACACGGGUCAGGUCAUCAUUGAAGGAUAUUCUCCAAAACAACUGAUAAACAGAAACACAAGCUGUGAAUUGGACUCCCUCCCACUUCCAAUGAAUUGGAUGUCUAUGGCCUUUAGUGGCAGUCAAUGCAAGGCUCAUUUUGGCCAUUUGACGUCAUUUCCUGCACUGGAUGUCAAGCGCCUUCAAUGGCAACCAUUGAGCUAAUGUAGACAAAAAUCUAAUGUAAGAUUUUGGUAGCAACCUGUUGGUUCUUUUCUUUUUUUUUUUUUUAAA